AUGAGGAGAGAGAGAGAGAGAGAGAGCAGUGGCACAAGAGUCUGUAGUUCACUUCUCCCCUCUAGUGGUCAGCAGGGGGCACUGCAGAGAUCAGGAGCCAGAGGAACAAAGGAAGAAGGGAUGAACAAUGGAGAGACCACAGCAGAGAGCAACAACAGCCACAGGGCUGAGGUACAGAGGUGGAGACAGUGUCAGUAAUAUUUAGUUUUUUUAACCAUGUUCAGUCAAAUCAAAUUUAAAUGAUGUUUUAUCUACUUUUGCAUUUGUAGUGUUUUUAUCUUGCUGUUUAAUUGCUUUAAUUUCUUCAACUUUAAGACUGAAAUGUCAUCAAUCACUGCAGUUUGUGAUUUCAAUUCCUUUAUAUAAAGAAAUAAGAUUUUCUACGGUGGCCCUGAAGGUCAACGAGACACGCAUUUACAGCAAAUAAUAAAAAUCACUGGACUUGCGAAACAUUUUAUUAAUUUUUUAAAAAGGAUAAGCAUAAAUAUUUCAAAAAAUAUAAAAUUUAUAAAAAAAAUAAGCAAAAAAAAUCAUAAAAUGUAAAAAAUAAUUUGUCCACGUUUUUUCUUAUUUCUAUUUAUUCAUUUAUGUAUCUUUUUAUUUGGUUAGUUUGUUGAUUUUAUUUUGAAAAAUUUUUAUUUUUUUUCCCCUUAAAUAUAUUUUUUUGCAAAUUUUUUUAAGUUCAUGAAAUAUUUUGUGUUUCAGAAAUUUUUCUUUGUUUUUUAAGUUUUUUUUUUUUGUUACGUUAAAUAAUUUCAAUGAUUAGUGAAACAUUUUUGUUUAAUCAAAUGUUACAUAAAUUCACCCUUCAGGGCCACCGUACAUAGGCUCAUACAUUUGGAAGUCAGGCUAACAACACUCAGCUCUACCUUAUAUCCCUAUCGUAUAAAAAUAUUAUUUGAACAUUAAAAAUCUGAUUUAUUAAAACUGUUUCCGCUGUUUUAUGCUCUGUUGAAUAGUUUUUCAUGUAUUUGGUUAAUGAAUUAUUAAAGGAUGAUGCUGUGAGUUCACAAGAGUCCAUUAUUGUCUAACAUGAUGGGAAAACUCAGUUCCCUGUCUGACCUAAAACUGGAAUCGUCAAACACGAAAAAGUCGAGUUUCUCUCUGUGUGUCACAGUCUGUGAAAUCAUGGUAGGAAAUGUGCAGAAUCCCUUUUAUUUGCAUGUAAAUAAACCCUAUAAGAGCCGGAAAAAAACAAACCAUAUCAUAAAAUUACCUCAGAUUUUACAGCACAGUGACUGCAUCAGGGUUUGGAAAUGAGGAGAGGGAAAUGGGUUUGACACAUGGCUGAAAACACAGAGGAAUCACCAUAUUCAUGCUCUGAAGCUCAUUACACACCAGUUAGCAUGUUUGCACUCUCACACUUCACAGCACAGCACGCUAACCUUAGCAAAUUAGCACCUUAUCCUGUUAAUGCACUCGUGUUUAGCAUUAAACAUUGGGUUAUUAUGCCAACAUGCCCACAUUCGAACCAUCUGCACUCUAUAGGAAGAGGAAAAUUCCAGAGGAUGACUGAGACGUCAAAAGUUUCAUGUUUACAGCGUUUCGCAUGGCUGCAAAGAGACAUCUUAGUUAUCAUAAGAGGGGAACAAAAGGUUAAAGGGAUAUUUCAGUGUUUUUAAGGUACAUGUCACCACUGAGAGUAUUAUAGUCACAGUGGUCCUGACCUGUAAUGAGAACCAGCAACAGUUGAGCAAACUCAACAGAUCGGACACCGAAACUAAGAUGAGCGCUUGGGUUAAGGUCUCUCUGCAGAGAACUGAAGCCCAGUUUGCUUAGCGUCCCUCACUAGAGACAUGCAGUUCAUUAAAAAAUACUGAAAUAUUCCUUUAAGGCAGGGCUGGACACUAACGUUUUUCACAUGUGCACAUAAGUUGAAAAAGUAAGGAGCACACAAAGAACUUUAGGGGCACAAUAAAAACUGAUCAAAUGAGGUGUGUCUUAUUGGUCGACAUAAGUACUAUUAUGUGAAAUCAAUUUGAGGUCUUUUGGUCACAUGACAUGGAAGUUAUUGAAGGAAAACAGACUUUUCCGAGAACAUCAACCGGUAAUUUAUUGAUGGUCCCUUAUUCAACACCGACAUUGACAGCGAGGAUGUAGAGUAGAUUUAGCAGUGCUGCUGAGAGUGAGAAGACACAACGGUAGAUCCUCAGUGAAUGUCCAUCAAAUAUCCAACCUAAAACUAACUUCACCGCCAUAUUGAUAUGAGCACAUGUGACCCAAAAAACAUUUUACAAUUCACACACAUCUAUUUUUAGUGCGAGUGAAACGGUCGCACUGUUGAGCCCUGCUUUAAGGCAUCCAAAACUUUUCUUUCACUACGAUUUUAUUUCACGGAGACAACAAGGAAACCUCGUCCUCGACGCCUCUGAACUUGGCUGGCCCCGGUGUGUCUGUUCUAAUUCUAUCAUCUCUAUAAUUGUGCAUCAUCUCACUUUUCAGAUCACUCUGCUCUCAGGUCCUCCGGCCUGUUUGUCAUUUAAAUGUCUGACAGGUCGACAGCAGCAUCCUCAUAUCCCUCUAAAACCGAUCCCUCGUUGCCGUGCUGUGAAUCCGUGUCAGCGUGUACCUGCAGGGGUCAGAGCUGCCACUCGAGCCUCUCCACCUCUCCACCUGCUGUCACCUGUACCCUCCAGGACCACACCCAGUCCCACCAAAACCACCAGCAGCACUCGCUCCACCAGUAAGCCCGAGGAGAGGCACUCAUCAGAUUUCUAA